GGGUCCUCCACAGCUGCGCUGUCACUUGUUGUACUGCAGGCCUCGCAGUCAUUCACUGCAGUGACAGCGACCCACAGCGAAUCUCUCUAACUUGCCGAGGAUGGAAGGUCUUUGAGAAAAGAGGAGGAUAACACAAGGAAGAACCAUGACCUGGAGGAGCCCUCUGGCCCUCCUGAGGGAUGCUGUGCUCAGCCAGAAGGCCCGGGAAAAGGAACUGCGCUCUUUGGUGUCCAACUUACCUUUUGAGGGUCUGGGUAAAUCAAAGCAGCCGAAUCGCUUCUUCAAACCAAAUGCCAUCAAAACCAACAAAUAUACACCUCUGUUCUUCAUCCCUAUGAACCUUUAUGAGCAGUUCCACCGUCUGGCCAACGUCUACUUUGUGGGCCUGGCUAUUCUGAACUUUAUCCCUGUAGUUAAUGCAUUUCAGCCAGAGGUAGCUCUCAUCCCCAUCUGCGUUAUAAUGUUUCUGACGGCCCUGAAGGACGGCUGGGAAGACUUCAGGAGGUACCAGUCAGACAAGAAGCUCAACAACAUGCCGUGUCUCAUCUACAGCAGAACAGCAAAGCAUUACAUAGAGAGACGCUGGAAAGACGUGCGAGUUGGAGACUUUGUAAAGGUGGUUUGCAACGAAACUGUCCCUGCGGACCUGCUUCUCCUCCACACAUCGGACCCCAACAAUGUGUGCCACAUAGAGACAUCCAACCUGGAUGGAGAGACAAACCUGAAACAGAGGAAUGCUCUUCCUGGACUCUGCACAUCGAAUGAUGUGUUUGAACCUGAGAGCUUUAACUGCACUGUAGUGUGUGAAAAGCCCAACAACAAUCUAAAUCACUUCAAGUGCUUUGUGGAGAAACCUGAUAAGGAGAAGACGGGCGCUGGGAUUGAGAGCUUGCUGUUACGAGGAUGCACAGUCAGAAACACAGAGCACGCCAUUGGCUUUGUGGUGUACGCAGGACAUGAAACCAAGUCCAUGCUCAACAACAAUGGACCCAGAUACAAGCGCAGCAAACUAGAGCGGAGGCUUAAUGUGGACGUCUUCUUCUGUGUCCUUCUUCUCUUCAUCAUGUGCCUCAUUGGAUCUCUGGGACACUAUUUGUGGUUGAAGAAUCUGUCGGAUGUCCCCUCUUUCCUGGUUUCAGACAGUAAAGGUCACUUGGACAGUCCUAGCCUGUCCAGUUUCUACAUGUUCUUCACCAUGAUCAUCCUGCUGCAGAUCCUGAUUCCUAUCUCACUCUACGUGUCUGUUGAGUUGGUCAAGAUUGGUCAGAUCUUCUUCAUCUUGACUGACGUGGACUUGUACGAUGAGGAGACAGACAGCCAAGUGCAGUGCAGGUCCCUGAACAUCACUGAGGACCUGGGACAGAUCGAGUACAUUUUCUCAGACAAGACAGGCACCCUCACAGAAAACAAGAUGGUGUUUCGCAGAUGCUCCAUUAUGGGAAAAGACUAUCCACAUAAAGAGAAUGCCAAUCGCCUGGCCCUCCUCGAGGAGACAGAGUCCGAGGAGAAUGUUAUCUUCAGCCAAUCAACACUAUCCUCCCAGGCCAGUCGGUACGAUGAGGACUCAAGCCCUGUAGAUACUCAUCGACAUGGCAGCCGGCACAGGAGCAAGAUGGCUGUAAACCGCCAAAGCAGUAUGGCCUUCAGCAGUCCACUGGAAACCCAGGUGAUUCCAGAUGAGAAACUGCUUCAGCAGAUCAGCCGCUCAGAGAGAAGCAGCAGCGGGAUUUCAGAUCCUUACAUGGACUUCUUUCUGGCUCUAGCUAUUUGCAACUCUGUGGUGGUUUCCAUGGCAACAACUCAGAGACAGAGGGUGAGUUCACCUUCACACUCCCAUAAGACUAACAACCCUUUGGAGAGCUUUUCUGUUCUGGUGAAAAGGACUGGCUCAUUUUGGAAAGUCUUUGACAGCCCCAAACAGAAUGGCUCCUCCACCUCUGCACACAAGAGAAGCGAUGAUGCCAAUGGAGUCCAACCCCGUGCGUUAGAUACCGUGACCUUGAGCGCCAGGCCUGCAGCAGCGUCAGGUGAUGUGUGCUAUGAGGCUGAGAGUCCAGACGAGGCAGCACUGGUGUACGCAGCCAAGACAUAUGGCUUCACCCUGCUGGCUCGCACCCCUAACAGCGUAACAGUGAGGGUUCCAUCUGGGGAGGAACUGGUGUUUGAGGUGUUGGACACCUUGGCCUUUGACUCCAACCGAAAGCGAAUGUCUGUCCUGGUGAGACACCCAAUCACUGGAGAGUACGUACUGUAUACCAAAGGGGCAGACUAUGCCAUCAUGGAGCUGCUUGGAACACCGUAUGCAGAACACCUCAGUGGUCAGCAGAAAAAGAUUGCAGCUGAUACUCAAUAUCACCUGGACUGCUAUGCGAAAGAUGGACUCCGAACAUUGUGCAUCACAAAGAAGAUUGUAAGCAGCAGAGAGUAUCAAAGCUGGUUGGCAGACAGAAAGAGAGCUCUUGCAGCUAUAGACGGCAGAGAGGAGCUUAUGAUGGCCAGUGCUGUGCAGUUGGAGACAGAACUCACCCUGCUAGGAGCAACAGGUAUCGAGGAUCGCCUGCAAGAAAGCGUCCCAGACACCAUCACAGCUCUGCGGGAAGCAGGGAUCAAAGUGUGGGUGCUGACAGGUGACAAGCCAGAGACUGCUCUCAACAUCGGCUACGCCUGCAGGUUAAUGGAGGAGGGAGACCUGGUGAUUAACAUGAGCUGCAAAAACAAGGUCACAUGUGUAUCUAUCCUGGACUGUACUUUGGAAGAAGUGAGGAGAUAUCACGAGGACCCUCGUAAUGUGGACACCACCCAGAAAAUUUCUUUAAUGAUCGAUGGAGACACUCUGGCCAUCGCACUGUCCCCUGACCUACAGGACCGGUUCUUGGACCUGGCAAAGCGCUGCCGCUCUGUGCUCUGCUGCAGAGUCACUCCCUUGCAGAAAAGCAGGGUUGUGAAACUGGUUAGGGACAAGCUCAAAGUCAUGACACUUGCUGUUGGUGACGGUGCAAAUGAUGUCAACAUGAUUCAGGUGGCUGACGUUGGCAUUGGGAUUUCUGGUCAAGAAGGGAUGCAGGCAGUCAUGGCUAGUGAUUUUGCCAUAACUCGCUUCAAACACCUGAAAAAACUUCUCCUGGUGCACGGACACUGGUGCCACACUCGCCUGGCCAACAUGAUUAUUUAUUUCUUCUAUAAGAAUGCGGCCUACGUGAACCUUCUGUUCUGGUAUCAAUUCUACUGCGGAUUCUCAGGCACAGCAAUGAUUGACUACUGGCUGAUGAUUUUCUUCAACCUUUUCUUCACCUCAACACCACCCAUCAUGUUUGGGAUUAUGGAUAAAGAUGUUUCUGCAGAGAUGCUGAUGGGUGUUCCUGAACUGUACAGAACCGGUCAGGGUUCAGGGGAAUACAAUUUUCGUACUUUCUGGAUUUCCAUGCUGGAUGCUUUCUAUCAAAGUCUCGUGUGCUUCUUCGUUCCAUAUCUGGCUUACCAGGGAUCAGAUGUUGACAUUUUCACCUUUGGAACUCCACUUAAUACAAGUUCUUUAUUUAUCAUCCUGCUGCAUCUCGGUAUAGAAAUUAAAUCCUGGACGGUGGUUCACUGGAUUAUCAUGUUGGGCAGUGUGGCUUUAUACUUUAUCGUGACACUUGCCUACAGCGCCAUCUGUGUCACCUGUAAUCCCCCAUCCAACCCAUACUGGAUCCUCCAGAACCAGAUGGCUGACCCCAUGUUUUACCUUAUAUGCAUCAUUUCCACUGUGGUGGCUCUCCUGCCCAGGUACACGUUUUACGUGCUGAAGAACUCUAUCGCCCCCUCCCCGCUCAUACAAGCCAAGCAUCUGGACCGGAUGGAGCCUUCUGUGAGAGACAUGUGGAUGAAGGAGUGGAGGAGCUUAAGGGGUGGAACGGAGGUCAAAGAGUCCAGGCUUUCUACGCCACCUUCCCCAACUCUUGAGACCUCUGUAGACUUUUACCCCGGGUUUGGAGAUGCUGCAAGUUUUGUGGGAGAGGAUAUGUCGCUGAACGUCAUUGGAGAUUAGAGGCCCGUGGACACAUGAAAGGCAAAGGCAGCUUGACAGCUGAACAAAAGAACUAUGAUCAUUAUUUAUUUAGUAAAAUGUAUAUAUGUGGACUGGUUCAUAGGUGGAUUCAUAAGUGCUGUAUCAUUUCCUAAAUUAAGGGGGUAAAAAAUAAAGCUCCAUCCCAUGUUAAAGUCCCCCCUCCAAAGAAAAUCAAAUUUUUUUGAGUUUUUGACAUGUGGCUUUUUUUAAAUGAAAGAGAAAACAAAUGUGCGGUAAUAAUAAAUCAUUUCAUUUGUGCAUUUCUGAGUAUCUCUCCUUUUAAAUCACUGUCAAAAUGUUGCAAAGACGCUCGGUUUGAAUUAAUGAUCUGCCCUCUCCAACGUGCACUAACUCAGGUACAGGAGAAGAGAAGAUGGCACAUUGCUGCGGUUCUCACACGUAUUUUAAGUGCGUCCAAGGCUGGAUGUUGUUGUUGGCCGAACGUAUUUAAAAUUAACCCUUGUGCUAUCCUAGGCACUUUAACUUUGGGAGUUGGGUCAUCUAGACCCACUAGACAGUGCUCUGAACCUUUUUUCUUCAAUGAUUUGUGAUCUUCACUGGUGUCCAUGGAUUACAUGAAAUCUUUCCACCUUUAUCCACCUUUGUCAUGGUAGGGAGAACAUGUCAAUGUAAGGGUGGGGUCAUCUAACAUAGCACAAGGGUUCAAGUGUGUUCUCCCCAUUUGUGUUCUGUGUUCGAAUUGAAGGCUUGCUGUCGCAGGAUAAGAAUAAAAACAAGAAUAAAG